AUGUUAUCAAAAUUAGUGAACAGUGCUCUACUGGGACAACCUCGAUUGCCUGGAUUCCUACAGAUCUUCCGCAACCUGACUGUGACCGAGUUGGAGACCAAAGGGAAGUACACACUCAAGGUCAAUGUAGAACCCUUCAAAGAAGACGAGGUCCAGUACACAAUACAAGAAGACCAUAUCAGGAUCGUUGGGAAAAGAGGAGAGAAAACUGGAAAGAGUGACUUCUUCCAUGGGAUGGACACGAAAGUCUCCCUCCCUCCAACCAUCAAGCAUGACACCAUCAAGACAAAGUUCGACCAAGGGAAUGUCAUCGUUGAAGCUGAUUCCAGUGUACAGUAAUUUAUGAC